CUUCUAGCCCAGGAUGUUUUUGCCUACCUCCACCACAGGAGGUAUGCUAAUUUGGAUCUCUCUGCCUACGUCAGCUUCUUUGAGAUUUACAACGGCAAGGUGUAUGACCUGCUGCAUAAGAAGGCCAAGCUGCGUGUUUUGGAAGAUGAACGACAACAGGUUCAGGUGGUCGGCCUCGAAGAGGUCUAUGUGACCUCAGCAGAGGAGGUCAUCAAGAUGAUACAGAUUGGCAGUUCAUGCAGAACGUCGGGCCAAACCUCAGCCAAUGCCAACUCAUCCCGCUCUCAUGCAAUCCUUCAAAUUGUUCUUCGGCGCAAUGACCGUGCUACCACGCUGCACGGCAAGUUUUCACUGGUCGAUUUGGCUGGCAAUGAGCGUGGUACAGAUGUCAGCAGCAAUGACCGGAGUACUUUAGUUGAAACUGCCGAGAUCAACCGCAGCCUUCUGGCUCUCAAGGAGUGUAUCCGUUCACUGGGAAAGAACAGUGAUCACAUUCCUUUCCGAAUGAGCACUUUGACCAAAGUCCUCAGGGAUUCUUUCAUUGGAGAGAAGUCCAGGACCUGCAUGAUUGCUAUGGUGUCUCCAGGUAUGACCUCAUGUGAAUAUACAAUGAACACAUUGCGCUAUGCUGACAGAGUGAAGGAACUUAAUGGCAAUUCCAAAGCCAGUGAAGCACCUAAGACACAGGAGCCAAUGAAUAGCUCCUCAGAAGAGGAAUCAGUUUUGGAUACCGGUGUGUAUGAUGCCAUAUCUCAGGUGGCUGAGCUGGAGGAGAAAGUUUAUUCAGAGCUCAAGAGGGGAGGUGACCUCGUACAAGAAAUGGGCCAAAUCUCAUACAACAUCGAGGAAGGACUCCCCAAUCUGGUUGAUCAUUCCAAAAAGUUAUUGGAGACAGUGAUGGCUUUGCAGUCUGCUGUGGAUCAGGAGCGAUCAGCGAGGCUGAAUCACUAAAUCAAGCAGAAAACCUUCUCUUCUGAGUAACGAGCUGUUUUAUUAGAAAAUUGUGUUUUGUUCGUACUAUAUUUGUUUCAUUGUAUUAACU